GCAAUAUUAAAAAAGUUUAUUUUUUUUAGUGCCGUUUUCAUUUUUUUUUUUUUUUUUUUUUUGUAAUCCCACACUCAAUGAAUGAUACUUCAAGUGCGGAUCGACACUCUUCAGACGAUGAUCUGUAUGCAGCCCUCAUGCUCUCCAAUUUGCUGGACAAUGAACAAGAUGUAAAAGACCAACAAACUCAAAUGGAACGACAACGAAUCUCUUUACAAGCCGAACUCGACGAAGCCAACGACAGUAACGAUGUGAUAUGGGUGCCUGCAGACAAACAUCCUCAAAUUGCACCUACCGAAUUUGCAAACUUUUUAAAAACGCAUGGCGCUGCCUCUUCCGCCAACCACAACAACAACGGCAACAAUAUUCGUCGACGUAAGUCCAUUUUAUCCCAAAGUAUGUAUGUCAAGUCAACCGACGACGGAGAGGAUUUGAAUAGAACGCUUUCCGAAAAGAAGCGCAAUUUCCUUAAAAAAGUCAUGACCGAUAGUGAUAAAAGAAGAGACACGCACAUAUUUGAUCGUAAUUCCACGGCAAAUGAUGAUUCAAGCACAAUUUUGGCCUCUACAGCCAAUUCGGAUAAAUCGUUACUUCGUAGAUCUGCAUUUUCUGCACGAGGUAGAAGCCGAAAAACAAAUUCACCGUCCCUACAGAGAAGAUCACUUUCGCAAAAGAGUCCGGGUGAAAAGAAACAAGCUUGGGAUAAAUCGGCUGGUAUUGAUCUUUACGAUCAACCAGUCAAUAUGAGUGAAUGGAUCGAUUUGGGAAAAGUGAGUUUGGAGUCUGAUAAUUCCCAGAGAGGCAUUCUUACACGUGUGCAUGAUGCGGAGUCACAACUCUUGACCAACACCAACACAACCACCACCACCACCACCAAUAUUACAUCUACUACUACUACAUCUACUAUUACAUCUACACCUACAUCUACCACCACUACCACUACUACUACUACUAAAAAUAAUUCGAAUAAUAAUCCCACCAAACCAUCAACAUCACCACCAGAUAAAAAAAAGAAGGCGGGUUUAGCGGGCAAUACCUCUCCAUUAUCCGGAUUAGCUACUUUAUUUUCGAAAUCUUUAUCAAUUAAGGCAGCAGCAGCCGUGCCGGUGACACGGUCUCGUUCACCGUCACCACCUACGACGCCACCCCCACCUGCUACGCCCAACAUUCAAGAUAAAAAACCCAGCCGGCUGGAACAACGUACUCGAUUCAACGCAAACCGAUUACCGCUUCAUGUAGAGCGUGCCAUUUAUAGAUUAUCGCACAUGAAAUUAGCGGAUCCGAGACGACCUUUACGACAACAAGUGCUGAUAUCCAAUCUAAUGUUUUGGUACCUGUCUAUACAGCAAGGGGAUUUUCAACGACAAGAAGAGGAAUGUCGUCUUGUAGAUUUACCUUUACCGUUGGUUGUGAAUAAUACAGAACAACAAGAGACAAUAAAGAAAUCCAGUAAGAUGAUGACACGGUUCAUUCAUUCUGCCAAGAAACGUAAGAACGAGGUCAGUCAUCAUCAUCAUCCCGUAUUGAAUUUUGAAGAAGAGGAUGAUGUACCUUUAAGCAGGUACAAGAGCGGUUAA